UGAGGCGGGGCUUCCCGGCGCAGCCCCGUUGGGGCCGGACGCGGCGUCAUGGCGCGUGUCCUCCGCGCCCUCUGGGCCCUGCCCUUGCGAGCUGCGCCCCCGCGAUCCGUUUGGGGCCGAGCUGCAGGCUGCGGCCUGAGCUCGAGAGCCAGGCCCGGGGACGCAGGGUCCCUCACCAAGCCCGAGCGCGCUCUGUCCGAGGAUGAAUGGCGGAAGAAGCUGACUCCAGAGCAGUUUUACGUCACGAGAGAAAAGGGGACUGAACCGCCUUUCAGUGGGAGCUACCUGGAUAACAAGGAACCAGGAAUGUAUCACUGUGUGUGCUGUGAUAGCCCACUCUUCAGCUCGGAGAAGAAGUACUGCUCGGGCUCGGGCUGGCCGUCCUUCACCGAGGCGCACGGCGCCGCCGGCUCUGAUGAGACCAACUCGGGGGUCCUGCGGCGGCUGGACACCUCCUUGGGCCUGGCUCGCACCGAGGUGGUCUGCAAGCAGUGUGAAGCUCACCUGGGCCACGUGUUCCCCGAUGGGCCCGGGCCUACUGGCCAGCGAUUCUGUAUCAACAGCGUGGCACUGCGCUUCAGACCAGCGCAGAAGCGUGACGCUCCGUGAAGUUCUCCCCUGGCCCUGCCUUCCGCCUUAAUUUCCACAUCAGUGACUUGUUCGUAAUUUCCACGUCAAUGACAGUUCACUAUUAAAGAAGAUUGAGUUUGCAGCCAGCACCCAGGUUCCUGAAUUUAUUUACCCCAAAUCAACUCAGUCCUGCCUCUAGCUCCCUUUGACAGGAAUCUCACAGAACGAAGCUGCUUUUUCCAUCAGAAUUGAUUUCUGCAGGCAUUGCUGGGAAGCAGAGGGCGUGGGAUGUCGGAGCUCGCUAGGCAGCUUAUGGGAGCCCGGGGCCCCAUACAAAUCUCCCUUGUGGGCCAGGGCUAGUGCGAGGAGUUGGCUUCUCUUGCCAGAGGCCGGGUCCCAGUGCCACAUGGUCCUCGAAUGAGGAAUUGGAACUCCAGAAAGUGUGAAACUGCCCAGGACUUCCCACAGGGUGGUUCUUCCUGCAGGUGAGCCAGGGGUCCGUGAACGGAGGAAGAGAAGCCUGGGUUAUUUAUUCACUUGAAAGGGGGCUCCCAGCAGCAAGGUGGGGUGACGGGUGUGUUAUGAGAGACACCAAGAGAGAUCAGUGGUUCUUUUCAGAAUGUCCCGAACAUUCUCUGGCCCUGUCACCUUUGUACCUGCAAACCGGCUCUCACUGGGCGCUGUUAGCUUCCAGUGAUAAAUGAAAGUGCUUGUAAAAUGUAAACCUUAAAAAUGUUCAAAUAAAAUAUCAAAAUGUUUCAAAUAAAACAUCAAAAUAUGUUUCUCCUUUUCCCUAAAACUGUGACUGUGUCCUUUUAUUUUAAAAAAGACUUGAAAUUUAAAAUAUAAUUAGUUCACAUGGUAGCAAGCAUUUGGUUGUACCAACAUUAACAACAACUUAAGAUUUUUGGUUUUUUACAAAUUGAGUCUGGAACAAUUUGCUACUGGAAGUGUUUAAAAUGUUUUCUUUGAGAUUUUACAGGUAAAAAGGAAACUUUAUUAUUCCACUUUUCUCCAAUUCUUUUGGUGGUUACCCUGGAAAUAAAAACAUGC